CCCUCCUCUGCGAUCUCACCUUUCAUUAUUCAUCUCCCCUUCGUUCGUUUGCUGUACACGAGAUACUAGUAUUAUCUUGCAGCAAUCGGCUGUUUUCUUCCGCCUUUGGGGAUUAUCAAGAAGCCUUUCUUGGGACAAAGCCGCGCCUACUCAUUCCCAGCAGGCUAUCUUCGUAUCUGCUGCACACUCAUCCACUCUCCACUUCUCGCUUCGCUUAUUCAUCAUCGCCUGGCAAGAUCUGGACCAUUAGGCAGGCCCUGCUUUUCCGCGCCUUCCCAGAACUGAAAUCGCCAACGGCCUCUGCAACUUUCUUCUCAUCACAACCUCCUCCUCCUCUCCAUUCGUCACGACUGGCCGGUGUCUUCCUAACCACCCUUUCUCACCGUCGACCUUGACCUUCCACGUCCUGUGAACCUCGCUAAACAUGAGUACCAUUCAGAACCUCAAAAACUUCAUACGUCAUGGCAAGCAAGCCCGAGUUGCUGAGCCACCCCGCGAUCAACCUACCACCAACGUCUCAAAUGUCCACGCACAACCACAAAAAUACCAUCACGGGAUAACAGAGCCUGCCGGCGUUCACCGACAACCUCAACAACAUCACCAGGUAAUACCACAACCAGGCGAGUACUCGGCGGCUGCGGUCGACAAUCGAAAUGUCGCUGCACAGGCUGGAGCGGCGGCAGCCAACCAGCAAGGCAAGCAACAAAAGAUUGACCAGUCCGCCAUCGAGGCCAUUGUCGCCGAGGAGCGGGAGAGGGCGGGCCAGUUGCCCAAAUAUCCUGGUCUAGAAAGAUACAUCCUGGUAGAAAAGAUGGGUGAUGGCGCCUUCAGCAACGUGUACAAGGCUAGAGAUACGCAGACACACGACGAGGUUGCCAUCAAGGUGGUGCGAAAGUUCGAAAUGAACUCGAAUCAGGGCGAUGCUCACCUUCAUCCGAACUUCAAGAAACAACCAAAGGGCGUGGAGGUGCGCUUAUCCACCCUUCCUCCCCCCUCGUUCUAUUUGUCGAACCUACUUGACCUGCUGAUGACACCUUCUCCUGCCUAUAACAUGUGCUGACCUUGUCUCCCAGCGCGCAAAUAUCCUGAAAGAGGUCCAAAUCAUGCGGCAACUCGAUCAUCCCAACAUUGUCCGACUGAUCGAUUUCUCCGAGUCGAGGCAGUAUUACUACAUCGUCCUCGAGCUUUGUCCCGGCGGCGAAUUGUUCCAUCAAAUCGUCCGUUUAACAUACUUCAGCGAGAACCUCAGCCGUCACGUCAUCACCCAAGUCGCAAAAGCUUUACUUUACUUGCAUGAAGAAUGCGGUGUUGUUCAUCGAGAUAUCAAGCCUGAGAAUCUUCUUUUUUAUCCAGUACCAUUUGUUCCGACUCGGAAUCCGAAACCCAAAGGACCCGACGAGGAGGACAAGGCUGAUGAAGGUGAAUUCAUACCCGGCGUUGGUGCCGGUGGUAUCGGACAGAUCAAGAUCGCCGACUUUGGACUUUCCAAGGUCAUCUGGGACUCUCAAACCAUGACACCGUGUGGUACUGUCGGCUACACCGCACCAGAAAUUGUCAAAGAUGAACGGUACAGCAAAUCAGUCGACAUGUGGGCCCUCGGCUGCGUCCUCUACACCUUACUUUGCGGUUUCCCUCCUUUCUACGACGAAUCUAUCCAAGUCCUGACCGAAAAGGUCGCUCGUGGCCAAUACACCUUCCUCUCACCCUGGUGGGAUGACAUCUCCAAAUCCGCACAAGACCUGGUCUCCCAUCUGCUGACUGUCAAUCCCGACAAGCGAUUCACAAUCGAGCAAUUCUUGGCACAUCCCUGGAUCAGAAAUGUACAAGAACCGACAUACGCAGCGGCUGAUGCUCCACCUCUGGCCACUCCUCUGGCUGUACGACAAAAAGAAUGGAUGCAGGCUGGCAAUGUCCCCGCCGACCUCUAUGCUCUUGGUACACCCGGCACACCUGGUAGGCGAGCCGAUUUCCGAUCACCGGGAGCCGUCAACUUGCGAGAAGUAUUUGAUGUCGGGUAUGCUGUACACAGACAGGAGGAAGAAGCGAAGAGAAGAAAGAACUUUAAGCAAGGAUACCGAGGAGCCGGUAUGCCCGGUGGUCUGAACCCUCUAAAUGAGGAUGAGUUUGACGAGGACGACGAGGACGAGGAAGUUGUCGCGAGCAAAGUACCCAAGGCGCAACAACCCACCGACGUGACAAGCAUGGAAGCAAAGAUGCGGACAACCAACCUUGGCACACAACCGUCUUCAGCAGCCCAAGCGAGAUCUGCCGCUGUACCUGCAAGAAGUCAACAUCAUCAACAACAGGAAAGAGGUUAUGGUCAACACAGUCCUGCUGUUGCCGCCGCCGCUAAGCGCGAUGUCGGUCGCAGAAACAAGCAGCCGUUUGAACUGAGUUUGGACAAUUCGACGUUAUUGGGCAGGAGGAACAAGGUAGGCGGCAAUGCUGCUCCGUCCAAGCUGAGGGAAGAGAUCAGUGCUAGAUAGUGAAGGACUUUCCGAGGGUUAUGGAUCGAGGCACUGGUGGAAGAUUGUCUCCGAUCAUGCUGCAAACAAACUGGCUGGGGAUCAUGAGCGCUUCUUUUUCCAAUCCUUUGUUUAUACACAGCGCACGAUGGCACAGGUUGCCAGGAAGCGCGACCUGAUGAGGCUAGAUAUGUGAUAUGAAUGAAGCUUCAAGAACAAUA